AAAACACACAAUUGUGAAUGCAUCAAUACAUCCCGUCCCGUCCACGGUUGCAAGAAGCAAAUUUCCAAACAAAAUCAAGUUUUUCGUGCGUGGAGGCUGCUGGAUUUGCGUCUGCGGUUGCAAUUCGACACCAGCCAACAUAUUAGGACGUGUUCGGUUGUCGUAGCGCGCAGUGAAAUACGUUCGAAAGUGCCAAUUGUCGGUUUCAUACGCGAAUAUUAGAAAAGUUUCGAUCGAAAUUGUGCGAAAGGAAAAGUGUCGUUGACAUUGAGAACGGAAAAAAAGUGUCCAGAGCAGCCGCCAAAGGCGUCUUAGGAUUUCUCCAGCGGCGACAGCGGGUCGCGAGGCAACCAGUCGCCAGAUCUAUUGGAUUUUAGUAUAUUGUUUAGCCUUCAACAUAAGAACAGACAAAUAAUUAUAUGCCAAAAUGCCGUCCGGAGGACCAGUGUACCAGCCAACAACAGUUUCUUAUGAGAACCGACCGAGUGGUUUUCUAGCACAGACCGCAUCCGUCUCACCAAUGAAAGUAUUGAAACGACCACUCCCCCAAAUAGGACUUUUGAUAUUUGCACUACUGUCAAUAGCCGCGGGGAUUGCUAUGAUUGCGAACGGCGCGGCAGAUUAUGCUGAAACUGAGGAACAUAAAUUAGAACUAAGCGAGGAUGGUAACAACAUUCGAACGGCCGAGGAAGUAGAUAUUGGAGUAGUUGUGGGAGGUGUUUUCAUGACUAUUAUGGGAUUUUGUUUAUUAGGACUUUAUAUCAAAGUAGCAGAUUGGCGUCGAAAUUGUGUGUGCCCAUGCGUUAUCAGUAAGAAGCAAGGUCUCGCCCGGCAAUUGAAUGGUAAUGGGGCGGCUCAAAUAUUGGCUCUCAAUCCAUCAACAGAUCCAUUAGUGUCGCAUACACAGUAUGCUCCCGUAUCGGAACUUCCACAUCGCCAGGAUGAUGAGGAGCGUCGAAACUUGAUGCCCGACAAUAAGGAUUGUCUCAGCAGUGCCGAGGAAUCCGACCGAAUGCUUGAUCCCGAUCCAAGAAUUGUAUUACGUCCAACCGGUCAUGUUGAAGAUGUUUGAGAAGCUUAUGAACUGCAUGAAAUAACGAAGUUGAUUUAAACCGAUGACAUAUUUUAUGCAACAAAAACAUGAUUGAGAAGCUAUCAUAAUUCUAUAAAUAACGAUGAGAUUUAGGGUAGGUGGAGAAGGAUAGGCAGGGAAGAGAAUUCUGUUGGUGAUUUCGAUUUCAAUAACGAUUUAUUAGGAUUAGGACUUUUAGAAACGAUACAUUCACAUGGUUGACACUCACAGUUACUUCAAGUGUGUUUUUAUUCUACUAUAUUACGAUGUCUAUGCUAAGUUGAAAUGUCUGAUGCAGGAGAUUCUCCGUAGUAAUUUGUCACUGUCUUACUUUGCGAACUGUCCUCCUUAAAUUAUUACUACAUGUUUAAUUUUAAGGCAAGUUUCUUAACAAUAUUGUGAUUGCAUUUAUUAUUUUUAUCCUCUGCCGAUUUAUAUUUAUUGAGACUUGACGAAUCUUUUUUUCACCUUCCCAUGCUAUUGGUAAUCUUCAUUGCAGCAUUUUAAUAUCAAUGCCAUAACAAUAUUAUUGUGGGCUUAUUUCAUAUCAAUGUAAGUUUAGUUAAUAAUGCGCUUUCUUGUUGAUCUGAUCAAUUUGAAAUUCAAUGGCAAUUCAUAAAACCAUAAGCAGACUAAGACAAACUAGAAAAGUCAGAAAUUCAAGCUUUGCGGGCCAUAACCUUCGAAUGAUGAGUUCACAGUUUUCUGCGCUUUAUGCCAUUUGGGAUUAGUUUCUAUUGGAACAAUAGCUAGAUGAAAAAGAGUCGGAAAAAAGUGAUUGAUUAGAAAUGUGUUCAAGAAAUAGGAAAAUGCUAAUUAGGUAGGAUGAAUCAUUCCGGCUGCUACUGUGAAUGCUUGUGGCUUUGAGUUUUCUGUUAAAUGCAGAUGAUUGUCAAUGGAUACAUUAUGGUAAAACCCUUGCGUAUCAUUUAUGAUAUUAUGAAUUGUAAUAAAUUAAUUCGAAUAUUGUACUUAUACUUGAUGAAAACCGAACGGCAGAAUUGAAUUUUGCCUUUCACUCCCUAAUAUGUACAUAGAGUUACGUAUCUUAAUUUUUGGAAUUGUAAAAUUUCAAUCUAUCUCAAAUGCUAAAUUACCCCCGAUCAGUAUAUUAGAAGAGCAAAUAAAACAAUUGUAUUUAUAAUUGUACACCUAUAACCUAUGAAGACUGUAAAAAACUAUUAAUUUAAAAAUACAAGAAUCUUUUUGAUUUUUGCACUCGAUAAAAAUAAUAUAUUAUACACAAAAUCAUUCUUAAUAUAUUUCGUUCCAAAAUGAAAUUAUACUAAAUUAUUGUAAUUAAGACAAAAAGUAAAGCAAAAAGUAUUUUGGGAAAUCAGUCUACGAAACAAAGCAACCAUUGAAACGAUUAAAAACGGGCUUAAAGAAAAUAAAUAUGAUCUUGAAAAAUAUUUUUUUAAAGAUUGAACUAAACUAAAAUAGAAAUUGUAGCAAUUGAAAAGGUAUCUCUCUAGAAAUUAUCUUUAAGGAUUUAAAGCAACUUUAUCGGUUAUUGCUAGAAUAUGUAAUGACAUUAACAUAAGAUUUUGCAAGGCUACAGGUCGAGGUGAUCCAACUUUGUGAUUUCUUGCACAGUUGCUUUUAACAUAUACCGGUGGUUUGCGCUUACUACUCCCAAUAUCGUUUUUUUGAUUCUUUUAGAAAUGUAGAUAAGAUUAAUGCGAUUUUAUAGUAGAUAGAAUACUAUAAAAAUUGCGAAACUUUCUUCCAAUUACCCAUUUUAAUCAUCCGAUUCCCAUUUAUGUGAAUGCUCCACUGCUGUCCCGGAAAGUAAAUGAAUUAAUUCACCUCGACCUGUAGCUUGUUGGUUAGAUUGAAUUUUCAGGCAAAUAUCUUUUGAUUGGUUAUCUUGCAGAUAAUCGAUUCUUAAUGAUUUUUUUGUUUGUUUAAACUGAUAAAUAAUAUUAGGUUUCACGCACUGAAAAGUAUAUUUUUAGUAAUGAUUUACGCGUGUACUAUCUAUUUACUUACAUUCCACUCAUCUUCUAUCUUUGUAACUGUGCAUUAUAUACAUUUAGACGCAUGUAAAUUUGCAGAUUACAAAAUCAUACUUUUGUUUUUAUGUUUCUGAAACAUUUAAAAAAAUAUAUAAAUAUCCCCGUCCAA